AAAAAAAGAGAGAGAGAGAGAGAGAGAGAGAGAGGAGAAAAGGGAGUUAACGGCUAGUUCACGUCAACUCGGCCAGCAACCACACGCGGACACGGACACAUACACAGCAAACUAUGCGCUUCUCAACGCUGCUCGUCGCGGCGUCGGCUCCCGUAGGCCUCUUCGCCCGGGAGUCGAUCGACCAAUUGUCGCCGGGAGAGCUCGUCGCCUUUCUCGAGAAGCACAACUUGGCCAUCGUGCCCAAGUCGGAGCUGACGGACGCCCUGACGGAGCUCAAUGCCUUGCUCAAGAGCCAGCAGCUGCAGCAGCGCCACGUCGUUCCCAUCUUCAGGAGAGACAAUGGCACGGCGAACAAGUCUGGCCAGGGUCAGGGGGGUGGUGGUGAUGGUGGUGCCACAACGUCCGUCACGGACAGUGACGACGAGGGCAGCACCGUGACCGCGCAACUCCUCGGCCUGGACGACCUGGCAGACCUGAUCCGGGGGCUCAUCAAGGCCAUUGGCGACCUGCCCGAGAUCCUCAAGGCCGUCGAAGGCCUGCUGACGUCCGAGUUCCUCAACGGCUUCCACGACGCCAUGGUCUACCUCGCCCAGACGCUGCAACCGCCCGCGCCCGAGCUGCUGCAGAAACUCGUCAAGAAGGCCGGCCCGCUCGUCGACCUGCUCGACGGGCUCGAUCUCGAGCGCCUGGUCGACCAGCUCAAGGGCGUCGACCUGGCCGGCCUGAUCGGCGGCGUCCUGAAGCUGCUCUCGGACAAGAACCUCGAAAACAUCGAGUCCCUCGUCUCCAACGGCGCCGCCCUGCUCACCCCUUCGUUCGUCAACCAGACCUCCACCCUCAUCGGGGGCGCCGCGCCGCUCCUGGCCGAGCUCGGCCCCUUGCUCGAGAAGGUGACGCCGCUGCUCGACAAGCUCGGGGACGUCGACCUGGAGGGCAUCCUGGAUGCCGUCUCGCCCCUGCUCACCAAGGAGUCGAUCCAGGGCCUGGUCACCCUGCUGCAGAACGCGCAGCAGCUGCUGACCCAGGAGACGGUCAACAGCCUCAAGUCGCUCCUCAAGACGGCCGGCCCGCUCCUCGACAGCCUCGGCGACCUCGACCUCAAGGGUCUCCUCGACCAGGUCGGCCCGCUGCUGGAGGAGCUCGGCAAGGUGGACCUCAAGGGCCUGGUGGAGGCCGUCAGCCCGCUGCUCACGCCCAAGUCGGUCAGGGGCCUGCUCGGCCUCCUGGGCAACGCCGAGAACCUGCUGACGCCCGAGUUCGUCAAGCAGACCAAGGGGCUCAUCGGCGACGCGGGCCCGCUCCUGUCGGCGCUGGGCGAGAUCGACCUCCAGGGCCUGGUCAAGCAGCUGCAGCCGCUGCUCUCGGCCCUCGGCAAGGUUGACCUGGCCGAGCUGCUCGAGCAGGCGUCCCCGCUCCUCUCGCAGAUCUCCCCCUUGCUCGAGGAGCUCGGCAAGAUCGACCUGGCCAAGCUCGUCGGCCAGCUGUCCCCGCUGCUCGACACCCUGGGCGAGAUCGACCUCAGGGGCCUGCUCGACGCCCUCUCCCCGCUGCUCACGCCGCAGAGCGUGAAGGGCGUCCUGGGAUUGCUGGACAACGCCGAGGACCUGCUGACGGCCCGGUUCGUCAACCAGACGCACACGCUCGUCGGCGGCGCCGUCCCGCUCGUCGCCGCCCUCGAGGGUGUCGACAUCGAGGGCCUCCUGAAGAAGGUCGCCCCGCUGCUCGAGGAGCUCGGAGGCGUCGACCUGGCCGGCCUCGUCGGCGCCGCCAAGCCGCUCCUCGACGCCGUGCGGAAGAUCGACGUCAAGGGCAUCGUCGAACAGAUCAUGCCCCUGCUCACGCCGGAGAGCGUCAAGGCCAUCGUCGGCCUCGUCCACAACGCCGGCGUGCUCCUGAGCCAGACCUUUGUCUCGCAGACCUCGGAGCUCAUCGACGAUGCCACGCCGCUCGUGGCCACGCUCGCCGACCUCAUCCACGCCGUCCUCAAGGAGUUUGUUGGCAAGCAGUAGGCUGGGGCGUCAUGAGCCAUGGAAUGAUGAAUGGACGCGUUAUAAGAUCUUUAUGAGUAAUACUUAGCAAUUAACGAUGGGGAUUCGAAUGACCGAGGUAAACAUGUCGAUUUUUUUCUUAGCUUCGAGAGCAUGCAGCUCCUAGGGUUAGUAAUUAGCGAUGAUGAUAUGGACCAUCUGUUGGAAGCAACGAUUAAUAAUAUCAUACUUG